AUGAUUGAUGUUGGAAGACCCCGACUGACCCGAGCAUGCACGAUAAGUAACUGCGUCCACUUUAUGCUUGUCAGUGCGGGACAACCAUGGCGCGAAUGCGGAAUCAAGGACCCGUAUGAUAAAGGGGGCAAAAUGCCAACUAGGCGUUGUCAGACUUUUGAGGCUGUGAUGACUGAUGAGUGGAAGAACCGCGCUAACAGGUUAGGGUUAACAGGGCAACCCCUUCUUCCCCUCAGAAGCCCCGAAAUCCUACGGACCCGGGCUUUCUGGGGACAUUCAACGUCAUCGUCUCAAUGCGCUGCAAAUCCCACACUGGCCGGGACGUGUUUUCGCACCACCCCUCUCUUUUCCAACCACCACCGGACUGUCUGCUUCGGACCUAUUCCGGCUCAUUGA